AUGGCCUUCCCCCACCACCCGCAACCUCUCGCCGAAGACUACCAACAAGCCGCCUACAACGGCUUCCCCUUUCUUCCCGAAUUUGGCCACCGCCGUAACGCCCCUCGCGAAGAACCAUUUGUCCACUACCGUCCCAACCGCGGCUGGUACCAAGGUGGCCGGAAACUUCAGAAUUUCAGGCCGAAGAAGUAUUGGGCGAGGCCUGUUGAUGGUGCGAGGAGGGGUACGCUCGGGCGUAUCAAGGAUGGGUUGACGGGAGAGGGCCCGGAUGUGUUUGUUGUGAUGAAUGGAGAUCGGAGGACUUUGCAUCGGGAUAUGCCGAAAAGAGGACAUUGGAGCCAUUGGGAUGAGACGGGGUUGGGGUGGUUGAAUCGCGAUCCGGAUUGGAGAGGUCCUGCUGAGGAUAUGGAUUGGUUGCCGCCUGGAAAUUUGGGAAGUACGCCUUGGGCCAGGAGAGAUCGGGAUGAGGUGUAUAACUUCCGGACGAGGCGGUAUAGUGAUAUUCGGCCGGGAAACAAGUGGGGCUUCUGGAGUGAUGCGCAUUGGCCGCAUGGUCAUCGUGGGAAGUGGUCGAUGCCGACUUGUUGGAGGGAUUGGGAUGGACAUUGGAAUACUACUGUUGAUGGGUCGGCGGGUAGGUGGCCAGGUGGACGGCCGAUUCGCUGA